UGAUUAUACAAGUAAGGAUACAUGUGGAAGUAGCACCAGGAAACUAAAAAGAUACAGGGGAACAAGGUGAGGGCGCUGAUACAAAAGCAAAGCACCCGAGACCAAUACCAGGACCAAAACACACCAGCCCAAUGGAAGAAGGGAGGAAGUGGAUGUUCUGACACUGUCUGGUCAAGAAGCUUGGGCAAGUGUUGGUAUUGGAAGAGACAACUGACUACAUGGAUGCUUGAUUAAAGGAGACCAGUUUAUUUGCAUAUAUAUUUAUUACAGAUUUUAUUACAGAAACUGUAAGAUGGCAUUACCUGCUGAAACAUCCCCUACCUCCACCUGGCCUCUUCCCCCUUCACAGUACAUCAACCAAUACACCGAUGAAAUCAUACGUAGGGGAAGAGCCCCAAAGCCUCCCUUGCCCAUCCAUAAUGACUACACAAUGUUCGGUGUUCCUUUCAACGCAGAGGACCUUAUCAUUAGGCCUCUAGAGUCUCAGUCAAUUCGUCGCCUUUAUCCACAAAACUUUGAUCAUCGAAGAGAAUUGAAAAAGCUCAAUCACUCAAUCUUGGUGAACUUCCUGGACCUCUUAGACAUCCUCAUCAAGUGUCCCGACUCAACUAAACGCACAGACAAGAUUGAAGACAUCAACAUCCUCUUUAUCAACAUGCACCAUCUAAUAAACGAAUUCCGACCACACCAAGCACGAGAAACUGUCCGUGUUAUGCUGGAAAUGCAGAAGCGACAGAGACACCAGGUUGCAGAACGAUUAGAACGGCAGGAAGAUGAAGUGAGAAGACUUGUUCGAGAAGCUCUUGGCUCCUUGCCAGACAAUUUAGACUCUGAUUCAAAACUACUUGUGCCUUCCCUUGAGGAGCUCCAGCUGAGGCCAAAGAAUGAUGCAAGUAGCACUGCUGAGGACAAGUGCUCAAGUCUGGAUAGACUCAUGUGCAAUAUUGUGGAUGCAUUAUAAUAAUAUUUUAUAUACAUAAACUACGAUGUAAUAUUUAAAUAUAUAUAUAUUGCUAUGUUAUGAUAUUACUAAAUGUUCCAUAACUACAUUAUGACAGAAUCAUGCUUUCAGAACAAUGAAAUGGAAAUGUGUAUUUGUUCAUAAUGUUUGUGGUUCAUAAGAACAUUUUGUAACUUUGUAUGACAUAAGUGUAAGAAAAACACAACUUCUAAUGAAGUGACAUCCAAAAAUUUUCUUAUUUUCUUAUGAUUGUUUAAUGAUGCUAAGAAAUAUUUUGGAGAAAUAGUACAUAAUAUAUGCUGCAUAAUGCAGUAUCAUUACUGGAUACAAGAUGGUGUAAAUUCAUUUUCUGUCCAAUAUAUGCCUUUCUGGGGUUCAUUUGGUCCUCUCUUCUCCAAGAUUUCUGCCCUCCAUCACCUCAUUACCUCACCUGCUCAUUUACAGUUCCCACCUGUAUUCUGACCCGAGUGCUUUAAAGGACUUGGCCAAACAGUAAAGGUUUCUGUAACAAAUUUUUUCAUGCACUAUUUGCUAUGAUUGAUAAUAAAGGUAAGAAAGUGUU